AUGUCAGUUUGUAUAAAUUUAAAGGCUCCGAAUUAUGAAGUGAAAUUCACACUGAGUGGUCAUACGAAAGCGAUAUCGUCAGUGAAGUUCAGUGCGGAUGGUACGUUACUGGCUAGCGCGAGUGCAGACAAAACAAUUAAAAUAUGGAAUAGUGAUGAUGGCAAGAUUGAAAAAACAAUAUCAGGUCAUAAACUGGGUAUAUCAGAUAUAUGCUGGUCAUCGGAUCAUCGGCUUAUCACGUCAUGCUCUGAUGACAAAACACUCAAAAUUUGGGAUGUUACUAGCAAUAAAUGCUUGAAAACACUGAAAGGACAUACAAAUUAUGUGUUUUGUUGUAAUUUCAAUCCACAGUCAUCACUCAUCGUAUCUGGAUCGUUCGAUGAAAGUGUUCGCAUUUGGGACGUCAAAUCUGGUGCUUGUAUUAAAACACUUCCUGCACAUUCUGAUCCUGUUUCUGCUGUUUCUUUUAAUAGAGAUGGCACACUGAUUUGCUCAAGUAGUUAUGAUGGUUUAGUUCGAAUAUGGGAUACUGCGAAUGGUCAAUGUGUGAAAACUCUUGUGGACGACGACAAUCCACCAGUAUCCUUCGUUAAAUUCUCACCGAAUGGUAAAUAUAUCCUGGCCGCAACUCUCGAUAGCACAUUGAAAUUGUGGGAUUUCAAUAAAGGAAAAUGUUUGAAGACUUACACUGGCCACAAAAAUGAGAAGUACUGUAUCUUCGCGAAUUUCUCAGUCACCGGCGGGAAGUGGAUCGUCAGUGGCUCGGAAGACAAUCAAGUUUUCAUUUGGAAUUUACAAACAAAAGAAGUUGUUCAAACGUUGGAGGGUCAUACGGGUAAUUCGUUUAUUAAUUCGAUCCGUAACUGA